CCGGUGCUUUCACUUUAUACAGGGCAUAGAUCGCGAUAAGCAUACGUCUUUAUCGUGUCUCCGGAUUGUACUACGAAAACGAAGACAUUUUAGGAAAAAUGAAGUUUUACCUUGCGGCCGUUGUGCUGAUCGUCGCACUCUUCGGAGUUAACGCGAAGACAUCCCCUCCCAAGGUUCAGGUGUACAGCCGGAACCCCGGGGAGUUCGGCAAGUCCAACACCCUGAUCUGCCACGUCAGCGGCUUCCACCCCCCCGACAUCAGCAUCACCCUGCUGAAGGACGGAGUGGAGAUCCCCAAGGCUAAGCAGACCGACCUGGCCUUCGAGCAGAGCUGGCAGUUCCACCUGACCAAGAGCGUCCCCUUCACACCCGAGAAGGGCGAGACAUACUCCUGCAAAGUCAGGCACAUGCAGGACACCAAGAACUACAACUGGGAGCCUGACAUGUAAGGUCUUGGAGAGGAGAGCUGGUAGCAGGAGCCAUUACCAUUGCAAAAUUUCCACCGCAUAUAUACUCUCUUGGAAUCCACAUAAUCAAUAACUACUCACUGCUGAGCUGAAAACAGAUCUGUGUGCCGACUCUACAAACUGGGAUGUUGAAUAAUUUGAUAUUUGAAUAUUCUGUGGCUCCUGAGAUUGAACUUUCAUAUAAUCAAAUCCCACUUUUUCCCAAGCACUGUAUGAAUCUCCUGUUCUUCCUGUAAAUAAUGACUCACUGCUAAGGUAUCACUCGCUUGCAUUUUCAGGUAGGGAAAGGAAUACAUGAAAUAUAAACUAUUUUUUGAUGCAGGUUUGUUUUGUUUUUCAUGAAAAUUGAUAAGAGGGAGGGAUAAGGGAAAAACUGUUAAUUCCUGUUAAUUAACAAGAAUCUUACCACUCGCUCCAGUAACUGGUUCAUUCAGUAUACUGGAAUGUUGGCCUUAUCUCUGCAACAACAGCUUCUCCUCUGAAUUGAAAGGCGUGCAAAUUCUUUCUGCAAGAAGCGAUAGGCUGUUUAAUUCAUUGUAAGCACUGAUUGUCUAUUCUGCCACUCCUCAUGUGAUGUUUUUGCAUGUUUCUUGAACAUUUUGCCAAGAGUUUAUUAGAAAUGAAUAAAUUCAAAAAAUAACAUAAAAAUAAUAAUCAGAGCGCUUCGUAGACAUUUAUAUUAGAAAGGAAAAUGUAGGGGUGUUGAUAACUUUUACAACUCCAUUGCAAUGGGGGGUGGUGAGCAUUAUGUGAUAGAUUUUGUUAAGCUGUAAUAGCAAGUUCUAAAUGUUGCCUCAGUUGUAGUUGUUUAAUACUCUUGAUUGUUAUUUAACCGACUCCCAUGCAUCUUUUAAACGAACCAAAAACUGGGAUUUGGGGUCUGUUGUAAAAAUUAUGGAUUAAACAUUCUUUGUAACA